ACAUUAAGUAGUAAGGUAAAGAUUUUCUAAAAUACUGUAUUUAAGUACAACUUUGAGAUGCACUACUUGAGUGGCUACUGACAUGUUCGAGUUGUUGUGAUAACAUUGAAUGCAGCGUCAAAAGUAGUGCAACUGCGGACGUUGGCAAACUGUCAACAAACUGACACAAGUUAUAACGAGUUGAAGCAGCCCUCAGCUAUGUUGUGUUUUUCUACAGAAAAUAUGAGCUUUCUGUGAGUGCCGUAGGGAAGACAGAUAUGUAUAAUGUCGGUUUUAAAACAGAGGACACUCAUGGAGACCUGCGGGAUAAUGUCAGCGCUGGACAGACCUGCGGCGGAGCUGACGGUCAUGGAUGUGUACGACAUAGCGGCGGUGCUGGGACAGGAGUUUGAGAGGAUCAUCGACAGGUUCGGCUGCGAGUCUCUGGUCGGGGUGGUGCCCAAAGUGGUCCGGGUCCUGGAGCUGCUGGAGACCCUGGUGAGCAGCGGAGCGGCCGGGCAAGAGGCGGAGGAGCUGCGGGGGGAGCUGGACAGACUGAGGAGGGAGAGGAGCGACAGAUCCGAGCAGGAGAGGAAGCAGCAGAAGGAGUUGGAGCAGGUGGAGGAUGUGUGGCGAGGAGAGGUCCAGGACCUGCUCUCUCAGAUCACCCAGCUGCAGGCGGAGAACAAGAGGCUGUUAGUCAGCCUCUCUCUCAAAGACUGCCCCGCCGUAGAGGAAGACCUGCAGAAACAGGACGGAAUGUCAGAGAAGGAGAGGCAAGUGCUGAAUAAGCUGAAGUACUCUGUGGAGAAGCAGAGGGAUGAACUCCGGGCUAAAGACUACGAGCUGACACUAAAAAACGAAGAUGUGGAGGCGCUCCAGACACAGCAGCACCGGAUCAUAAGAACCAACCAGGACCUUCGUCACAGGAUAGGCGUGAUGGAGGCUCAGGGCAAGGCACUGAUCCAGCAGAGGGCCGGGCUGGAGGCUGCAGCCCAGGCACGGCAACAGGAGCUGGGGGCUCUGCAGCUCGAGGUCACCAGGCUGAGAAAGGAGCUCCAGGGAUGGGAACUGGAGAGAGAGAUCCCUGAUAUUAGAGAAAUCUCUCUGACAAGAUCUGGGGUGUCACCACCUAAAUCACCAACGAUUGCGACUGUGACAUCAAACUCCCUCAAACCAAAUUCAGUGUGGGUGGAGUGUGGAGGGGACCCUGGCUUCCUGGCAAACUGCUUCGAGCGUGGAAAGAGUCCUUCGGUUCUCCUGAGGUCAGCGCAGAAUGAAAAUAAUAAAGAAGAGGAGGACACCACAGCCCUGUCACUGCAGGUGUCAGCUGGGUCAAAGCCAAAGGAGGAGUCGGACAGCCUGGAGUCAGACACACCUCGCUUCACCCUGCAGGAGCUGCGGGACGUCCUGCAGGAGAAGAAUGAACUCAAGGCCCAAGUGUUCGUGCUGCAGGAAGAGCUGGCUUAUUAUAAAAAUGAGGAGUUUGAGGAUGACGUUGGCUCCUUUGUAUGUCCUCCAUCCCCUCCACCCUGCUCCACUUCCACUGAUCAGGUGGAAUCAGGAAUUAGACGCUUGAUCUUCACUGCCAUAAUGCCGAUGGUGGCAGCCGGUUUGAUUGCAGACGACCCAACAUCGUUGCCAAUCAGAAGACUCUACUUUGUAUGACCUCAGUUGAAAUGUAAUGGUUCUCAUAGUUUUUCUCACACCGCGCAAAUGCCGGUGUUUCUCUCAACAAAGUUUGUCAGUAGACAUAGAACUGCAUGAAUGAACGAGGUCGACAAAACAUUUUGUAGCAUUUUAGCUGACUUUGUAAGAGCUUUAUAUAAACCUUUGUAAUUAUUAUGGAAGAUAACUGGCAAAACCUGGACAUUAUUAAGUUAAUUUUGGCCUCUCAGGUUUAAAACGUCAUUAACUGUCAAUGUGUCACUAUAUAUAUAAUCCUACUCUACUAAUUUUGUGUAAUUUUGCACAUGAUGCUGUAAUGUCAACACGUUUUUAUUACAAUGCUUUAUCCAAAUAGUGAAAAAUGGUCAAUGCAUUCAUCAAAGAAUGAACUGAGUUUUCACAGAAACUUUAAACUGAGAAGGAAACCUUGUGUUAUUUAUGUUAAAGGGAUGUUAAGAUGUAUCUGAUUAUAUAACAAAUUGUUGUUGAAGUAUGAUCAUCAUGUGCCUUCCACCAAGAGAAUGUUUUAGAUGAUGUACUUAGUCCCCUAAUUGAUGAGAAAAGCUCCUGUAUACUUGCAGCACUGGGCCACCUCACUCUGUGUUCCUUUUCCAACAAUAAGUACGAUCAAAUAUUCGCUAACAACCAAUGUGAGCUGGACCUGUGAAAUCAUCAUUGUUCAGAAUAAAGUAAUAGUUCUAUUUUUAA